GGGAGCGCGGCUCGGUGCCGCCCGAUCCGUCCUGUCCCGUCCCGUCCGUGCGGUCAUGGCGGCGCUGCGCGGAGCCCCGCGGCUGCUCCUCUUCCCCGGCGAUGCGGCCGAGCCCGCUGCCGGCCGCCGCCUGUCCGUCGUGCUGCCCGCGGGGGCGGCUCCCAGCCCUCCGGAGGCUCCGCCGCCGGCCCGCAAGCGGCAGCGCCUCACCCACCUGAGCCCCGAGGAGAAGGCGCUGCGCAGGAAACUGAAGAACCGGGUGGCGGCCCAGAGCGCCCGGGACAGGAAGAAGGCGCGGAUGACGGAGCUGGAGCAGCAGGUGGUGGAGCUGGAGGAGGAGAACCAGCGGCUGCUGCGGGAGAACCAGCGGCUGCGGGAGCAGACGGGCAGCCUCUCCCUGGAGAACCGGGAGCUCCGCUGCCGCCUGGGCUUGGACGCUUUGAAGACAGAGCCGGAGUGCGAGCCCACGGUUGUGAAGGAAUCCCAGGUGGAUGAUUUCAGGUUGGUGACCGGGUCCGCUGAGUCCGCAGCACUCAGACUACGUGUUCCUCUGCAGCAGGUGCAGGCCCAGCUGUCACCAUUUCUGACAACCUCCACAUGGAUUCUGAUGGCAGUGACUCUUCAGAUUCUGAGUCUGAUCUCCUCUUGGGCUUUCUGGACACUCUGGACCCAGAGAUGUUUCUCAAAUGCGGUGACACAGAAUCAUCCAGCCUGGAAAAGCUGGACGAAGAGAUCUGUGGAGAAACAAAUUCCAUACCGACCUCCGCCUCUCCCUCUCUGGGGUCCCCAUCAGCUAAGCUGGAGGCCAUUAAUGAACUCAUAAGGUUUGAUCAUGUGUACACAAAACCCUUAAUACUGGAGUUUCCUGUUAAAAUGGGCAACGAAACCAAUAUGCUUGUGAAAAUCGAGGGAGUGUCCCUCUCUCCGCCGGAAGACAAAACUAUUGUUGAGGUCCCAGUG